AUUAAAAAAUUAAAAAUGCAGUAUUUAUUAACAAUUCAGUUAAUUUAGGUUAUGUUGCAAGUUGUUGGCUAUAGCUAUUUCAGAGUUCGAGAACCAUUUCAUUUUCAAGAGUUUUCGCCGUUCAUCGUCGUUUACGCGCAGUGAUAGUUAACUACAGUUAACCCUUAGUUUUCAUUGAGUCAAUUGUGAAAAUUAUUUACAGUGUACGGGAAAAAUUGUGAUGAGAGAAAAUAAAAUUUAAAAAAAAUUUGCAUGCAUAGAUUGCUUUCUCCGUUGUAAACUUUAAUAGAACGAUAGAGAAGAAAGUCUUAAAUAUAUGUAAUAUAAAAGCAAAGAAUUAGUAAAAGGAGAAAGUUUUUUAAGUUCCUAUUGCUAUUGAUGACUCUUUUUCGCUGUCAUCAAUGUUUCGUUUCUUUGGCCAUUUGUGAUUCGGCUGGAAAAUUAGUCGAAAUAAAAAAAAAAGUGAAAGAAAUUUGACUUCAGGAUUAUUUUAUUCGUAGUGGUAAAAAAUUUCAAUUAAAAUGACUUCAACAGAACUGAAAGUUGGCCUCGUUACUGGUCGCCCUUCUAGCCGUGUGCUGAAACCUCCCGGUGGCGGCCAUUCCAACAUCUUUGCCGAGGCUGAAGUAAGUGUUAACGCCCCUCGACCCAAAUACAAUCAACAAAACUCCACCAAUUUGAACGCUUGCUUGGGGUCCACGGACGCAAAUGAAGCUGUGGAGAAAUUGCGCGAAGAAAUCGCUCAAACCAAACAAGCUGCUGACGCAGAACAAACCAAGAGAUUUGAUACCAAAGAACAUAACUCUCAACAAAUGGCUGAAAACGCUAUUAAUAACAACGCUGGACCAAAAGGACGUAUACCACCAGGUGGUCAUACCUCUGGAGGUUUUUGGUAAAAUAACAACUCUACAAAAUAUGAAUUAUUUUCCAACGUACUUUGAUUAAGAUGACGAUCUGUGAAUCAGUUGAUAGAUUAAAAGCCUAUUCGAAAUUUAAUUUAUUAUUACUUUAAUUGAAAUCUCUCGUAAUAGUUUUAAGAUUUAUUCAUUUUAAUCCAGUCUUCUAAUUACGCAGGUUGUCUGCUUUUGUAUUUUUUAAUUUAAUAUGAAUGUUUUCAUUUAUAUAAAAAUCAUUAUAAGAAAAUGGU